AUGGCGGUACAGUAAAUAGUAUCAGCUCUGCCUCCUUUCUCCUUUGCUGCAGCGAUGAAAGCAGACUAGACAAUCGAGUUAGAUCCGCAGAUGUGGUAUAUAAUCGUCUGUCAGACAUUUUAGUGCCAGUACGCAGCCUGGUGAGCUACCAGCUCUGCGGUGGGUUUUCUUUUCUCGAACACUGUGGGUUUUUUCUGUCUCCAAGGGGAACCAAAGCAAGCUGAGAUACAGAGUGGGGAGGCAGACGAGUCCGGCCCACUGCAGCGUGAAUCACCACAGACUCGCCCUAUCGCUGAAUUUGCGUUCGUUUUUCUGUCGACGUGCGCAUCCCCUCGGAGACGGAAGGUGAAGUGGAGGGAAGGGACGUGAACCGACUCGGUUUUCGACUCUCUGCCGCAGCCUGAGGCGAGCUGCUAGGCAGAGCAUGCUAAAGAAUGAGCCAAAGGGACACGCUGGUUCAUUUGUUCGCCGGAGGAUGUGGUGGUACAGUAGGCGCCAUUUUGACUUGUCCUCUGGAAGUGGUGAAAACAAGGUUGCAGUCCUCUUCCAUCACACUUUACAUCUCUGAAGUCCAGCUCAGCACCGUGAACGGAGCCAGUGUGGCCCGUGUUUCUCCACCAGGACCCUUGCACUGUCUCAAGUUGAUUCUGGAGAAAGAAGGUCCUCGCUCACUGUUCAGAGGACUGGGCCCCAACCUUGUAGGCGUGGCACCUUCCAGGGCAAUCUACUUUGGAGCCUACUCUACAGCCAAGGAGAAGCUGAAUGGAGUGCUGGAGCCAGACUCGACCCAGGUGCACAUGUUGUCUGCUGGGAUGGCAGGGUUCACUGCCAUCACAGCCACCAACCCUAUCUGGCUGAUCAAGACCCGGCUGCAGCUAGACUCCAGAAACCGAGGAGAGCGGCGUAUGAAUGCAUUCGAGUGCGUGCGGCGGGUGUACCAGCUGGAUGGCUUUCGGGGUUUCUACAGGGGAAUGUCAGCUUCGUAUGCUGGCAUUUCUGAGACUGUGGUCCACUUUGUGAUCUAUGAAAGUAUCAAACGAAAACUGCACGAGUCCAAAGUCCAUACCAGCAUGGACGAAGAGGACGAGACUUCUAAGGAUGCCUCAGACUUUGUGGGCAUGAUGCUCGCAGCAGCCACAUCUAAGACCUGUGCCACCUCCAUCGCCUAUCCUCAUGAAGUGAUCCGCACACGGCUACGAGAAGAAGGCAGCAAGUACCGCUCCUUCUUCCAAACUCUUCUGACAGUCCCCAAAGAGGAGGGAUACCGGGCGCUGUACCGUGGCCUGACCACCCACCUUGUCAGACAGAUUCCUAAUACUGCUAUUAUGAUGUGCACCUAUGAGGUGGUGGUGUACCUGCUCGGCCGUUAGCAAACUGUGGCCUUCUCCUUCCUGUUUAAAAGGGACGAUGGUAAAUAACUGAGAAGGAUGCCAUUUUGACUUGGAAUGGUAGGUUUAAACCGUGAAAGAGAAGACCAAAGUAAACCAGAAGAUGCUCUAAUGAACCAGAGAAGGAUCAAGGAAUAAGAUGCAGCUAAUGGAGAGAAUAUCAGCAUCAUCAGGUGGAGGGUACGCAGCUCAGAGGAGAGGUGCAGUUGUUAGAGAUCUGUUCGAUUUGACUUCAAGCUGAAUUCAGUGGCCUGAAAAAUUAUUAGUUUGGAUGAAAAAAGUGUAAAACAAAAUUAACAAUAAAAUAUUUUCAGAUAUUCUACAUGGGGAAUGUUUAGAGACAACUUUCAGGAUGCAUUGAGGCUUAAUUUUAAUCAAUUUCAAUAGUUCACAAAUCUGUUUUGCACACCUUGUCUCUAGUAGCCUGCACUUUUCCAGGUACAGGAAUGUCCAAAAAAGCUGAAGUUGUGUUUGAGACAAAGGUGUCUCUAUGUUUUUAGGUCACCUCAAUCACUCUUCUUCGCUCUAAACUUAGACUUAAAAGGUUUGCCUCUAAACACUGCAUUUAGUUGCAUCUCAAUGAAUAAGAAUAUCAUCAAAAGUUAAUUUAGGCAGUUCAAUAAAGUCACACUUGCAUUUUAUGUCGAUAUAUUACACACAGAGUGACAUUUUUCAAAUGCUUUAUCUGUUCAUUUUGAUGAUGAUGUCUUGCAGCUAACAAAAGCUCAAAAUGUUGUCCUUUUGAAUUUCCCCACACUCUGGAAAGGGCUUUGGUUCACUGUCUUUUCAAGGCUGUGUUGCAUAUUGUUGUUGCAUGAGCCUUUUUUUUCACCACAGGUUAUAUUCCACUCAACUUUCCAUUAAGAUACUUGUACACAGCAUUCUGAACAGCCAGUUAUGUUUUUUUCCUGCGCUGUUAUGAGGAAGAGAGUCUCUAUAAACAACUAAAGCUCAUUGCUAAAGAAGCUGAUUCUACAGGCUGCUGUAUGCAUGCAUUUUAAUGGAGAGUUAAGUGGAUGGAAAAUAUAUUGUGGAAAAAUGUGCACAAGGGGGAUAACCACAACGUUAAGAUUGUGAAGCAAAUGCCAUUCAAAACUUUGGAGGAAAUUCACAAGGUUUGAACUGAAAUUUAGUUUUUCUUAUACUUGUCAAAAUUAGCAGAAACAAACACUUAAAAUAUAUCACUCUCUGCAUAACAAGUCAUUAUAAGUUCCACUUUUUGAAUAGAUUUGCCGAAGUAAAAACUUUUAGAUGAUAAUCUAAUGUAUUGAGCUGCACCUGUGUAUGUCCCCUAAAUGACCAGCAUUGAGUGGUAAGAGCCUGUGCACCAAAACAUAGGUUAAAAAUCUGACCACCUGUGUGUGUGCUUUACUCCCCCUCUUGACCUCUUGGCUCUGUGAUGAUACGGUUUCGUUCAAGUUGGCCUUCCGUUUGGAGGUAUGUCUUUGAUAGCUCUGAAAAAUACGUUUUGAAGACCUACUUUCGCUCAACAAGUCACUGCUCAGAACCUAGGACUUAUGAUUUGGAAGCAGAAAGUUAGGUCUUUCAUGAGAUACGAAGCCUGCAUGUGGUUGUUACUGCGUCCUUAAUGUACGGAGUGUCUUCUGCUAGAGUUACUACUUGAAUAUAAUGUGACAGUUUUCGGAAAAUGUUGGAGUGGGAGGAUGUUGAAAGGUUCCUCAUCUAAAGGCCUGUCUGUGUGAGAGGAUGUGUGCCUCUGCAGUCAUGUGUGCCUGUACGUCGAACAAAUAUAUACUCCAGAUAUCCAUUUACUAACUGUUAAUCUUGCAAUACAGUGCAGUUUGGAAUGUUGAUAGUAAGAGCUUAGGUUCCCACUCACACCAGUCCUUUCUUCCCAGUGGCUUCCAACUGACCUGAUAACAUGCACUUUUGUGGCCUUUCAGGGCUCGUGCUUUGCUUUCCAUUGUGUGGACGGACUAAACUUGUACAUUGUGAAAGAAAAACAAAGUAUUACUGUAUUUCUAAAUGGUAUUUUCUGUUCUCAUAGCAGAUGCUUGUACAGUUUAGACUUUCCAUUUGUUGUGAAGGAUGUUCAGAUGUUUUUCUGUACUAAAAUAGUGUGUAUGAAUAUCUGUUUUUGUUUCUUCCUGAGCCACUCUUCUGGUCAUGCUGUAGUUUGCCUUCUCAAAAGAUUGUUUUCAUUUUUGUGCAAUUGAACCUGUUUUGACAUUGACUGUUGACAGACGUAUUAACAUCGCUUGGCUACUUUUUCCUGUGUUUGUAUGUUGCAGAGAAUCGAUAACUGCUGCAAAUAAAAAAAAAAAUUUGAAGUGUUAAGAGACCGAGCAUUGAUUAGGUUUGUUAGGUCCAUUAAAAAAGGGUUGAAUUUUGCAAAGGUUAGUCAUGUCUGUUAAUUAGAACGUUUCCAUGUGCUUUACGCUCUGCCAGACUGUGCUGUUGUUUUCUAUGCCGCUUGUUUUAAAUCUCAUAUUUUGGGAGUUUCUAUGGGGGAGUUCAGAAACUGGAAUCAUUUUUCAGACCCUACAGGGUUGUAGAUAUAUAUAUAUAUAUAUAUAUAUGUACAUAUAAUAUACACAUUUGUUUCUCUGGUGAAAAUAAACGGAGAGCUUUCAUGAUUCAUGUUUCAGAACACCCGACACAAACUCCCUGUGUUGCAAUAUCAUUUCAGAGGCAAACUAAUCUGUUGUAACGUGUAUUAGCUUUUCAGUUCUGGCAUGUCUGGCAUGCUACCACCCUAUGGUAUUAGUUUUCCUUUUUUUGGUCAAAAGGAAAGAAGACGUGCUUAUUUGAUGUCCAUUUGUUGCUGUGAAACACUAAUAGCUUUGAUUUAUGUUAUCGGCUGUGCUGCCGUAGUGCAUGAGGUCACAUUACCUGAAUGUGAUGUGUGAAAACAACUGAACAAACCAUGCAAACAUUUCGCUUGAUAACUUAUCAUUCACGUCAGCGUCUGUGAGCGAGUCAGUGUCUUAGGGAGGUUCCCCCUGGAUAGGGUGCAGCCUGAAACAGGGUUGAACUAUGCUAAGAUAUUAUGUUUCCCAGGUCCGUCAUUUGUGUGUUUGUAUGUUUUAUCUUUGUUUUUUAAACACAAAAGCCAAUAAAAAACUAUUUACAACUACA